UCACUCUCCUUCCGCUGCAACGUCUCGCGGCUGAUCGCAGCCCGACCGUAUCGUCCUCCUCCUCCUCUUCUUCUGAAGACCUAUCACAAUGUCCCACUCUUCCGGCUCGCCCAGGGACACCAGACGUCCUUCAAGGCAGGAGACAUCUCCCGAGGGUGGACCUCCUCGUAUCUCCUUUCCUUCUGAAUCUGGCGCCGGUGCUUCCAGCCCGCAAUUCCCGCGAGGAGGCGAGUCGUACAAUUCGAGGGACAGCCAUCAUCACCCUGAUCCUCAAGUGGCUCAGGACAUUGAUGCUGCGAGACAGAUGAGUAGGGCUAGGGCUACGAGUAUUGAUCAUAGAGAAACGAAUUCGCCCACUUCUCCUCGGGUCAUCCCAACCAUGGGGAGGAGACCAUCUAUGCAGCAGAACGAUGACCCUACCAUUCCACCAACAUUUUCCGCUACUUCUCCAUCGCACGCCAGGCAGGUAUCUGGCUCUUACAUGGGCAGAUCGCCCAUGGCGGCUCGGAGUCAGGCAGCUAGAUUCUACCGUCAACCUCGUCGGCAAGGCUCCAACACUUCACUUGAUUCAGCUUCGCACUACAUCGACCAUCGUCAUCAUCACUCCAUGAGCGCAAGUCAGGGUAACCAAGCUACCCUCUCUGCCUCUACUCGGCAGACAAGCAGACUGGGGCAGCAGAACUCCUUCCGAGACAACAACGUCAACGAGAGUGCUGUGGAUGACGAGCCCAUGGCGGCUGAUGUGGACGACAUCCCGCGGCGCAGCAGGGACGAUUUGAGAGAUGAUCAAGACGAGCAGACGCAGCACACAAUGUCUCGUCGGCCUUCUGCCCUUGAGGAUGACGUCUGCUUCCCUAUGCCAGGGCAGGGCUCGCCUCCUCAGGAGCACAGAGAGUACCAUCAUGAAGACUACCCUGACGAUCACCGCGAUUACGAAGAGAUGCAAGAGGAUGAGCAUCAUCAUCAUAUGCAUGACGGCCCUCGUAAUGCAGCAGGGCGUCUGCCACCAGGCUACCCCUUCGCAUUUGACCUACAGGCCCUGGAGGAGUAUGCAGUGGAGGAGCGCACUAAGCUGGCAGCUACAAAUGCGGCUGGUGUGGACUUUUCGAAUGGCGGGUUGAGGAACCGUAUUCGAGGAGGCAGAGCAGGUAGAGCGGACGAUGGAGAUGGAACAUACGGAGGAACUGCAUACGGCAUUUCCCCUGAGUCGGACGAUGCCACCUUCUACUCUCGCCGACCUCGAAAGCCUCAGGCGGACAAUGCACAGGGCAAGUAUCAACGCAAGCUCGCCCUUUUUGAAUCCGGAGGAACGGCCCCUCCCCCUCAGAACAUCUUUGGAGGCCGCGAUGGUGCAGAUGUGAACACACCUCUCUUGGGCGCCGACGGCAAAUCAGCCUCUCCCAGCGAUUUGCCAUCUUACCAGCCAGCCAAGAGUGAUGGAGGGAGAGCUGACAGGGAUGAAGCUCAAGAGGGCCCAGGAAACCUUGGGCGCUCGUACUCGCAGCCCGCUGGACCCGGCUUCCCUGGCAGGAAGAAUAGAAAAGCAGGUGUAGGAGGCGCAAGCGCUUUCUCCCUGGGAGCGGGAGGUCUAGGAGCUCCAACUCCUGCCGACAAGCCCUAUCGCUUCACAUUCUACUCCAAUGCUCUGCCUUCGACCAUCCAUGCUCGUCACAUUGGCGAAUUGCCUGCCAAGGGACAGACCUUUGAGGAACUCUUCUCCGGCCUGGAUGCAGGUACGCUGGGAGGGGCUGCUGAGGAGUCGAGCGCCGAGCCUAGUGCCGGAUCAGAUGAGGCCAACGCUGCAGGGGGAAGCAAGAUCAACGCCUCCGGAUCGCAGCCCUCUGCUCUUACGGCGCAGUUGGCUGCAAGAGGAGCCUUGACAUCAGUCACUGGCAACGGAGCUUCUGGCUCGAGCAGUACAAGCGGUCGAAGGGAGGGCACCACUGCUCCUCCUACGCGCUCUGGUACGCCUGUUCCUCAAGUGACUGGCGCUCCAGCUCGCAACUCGCUCAAUGCUGUGCGACAAAACAGUCAGCGUGUGGCUCCUCCACCACCUGCUGGCAACACAGCUGGAGUACGCACAAUGCCCGGCGGAGGCAUUCGUAUGGAUCAGGACCCCGAAGCGAACACCUGGUGGCUGGACGUCCUCAGUCCCACGGAUACGGAAAUGAAACUCCUCAGCCGCGUCUUUGGUAUUCACCCGCUCACCACAGAAGACAUUCUGAUGGAGGAGACCCGUGAGAAGAUUGAACUCUUCCGCAACUACUACCUGGUCUGUUUCCGAUCUUUCGAUCAGGAUCCAUACUCUCCGACUUAUCUGGAGCCUCUCAACAUGUACAUCAUCGUCUUCCGCGAAGGCACCCUCUCUUUCCACUUCCGUGCCACACCUCAUCCUCAAAAUGUCAGGAGACGUAUCAAGCAGCUCAAGGACUACAUCAAUGUCACCUCUGACUGGAUCUCCUACGCCCUCAUCGACGACAUCACCGAUGCCUUUGGUCCUCUCAUCCAGAGUAUCGAGUACGAGGUCGACUCCAUUGAUGAGCUCGUAUUGAUUCUCAAGGAUGUAGAACAGAGCGACAUGUUGAGGCGUAUUGGAGCCUGUCGAAAGAAGGUCAUGGGUCUGCUUAGGUUAAUGGGUAACAAGGCCGACGUCGUCAAGGGAUUGGCAAAGCGAUGCAAUGAGAAUUGGUCCGUGGCACCAAAGUCGGAUAUUGGACUCUAUCUGUCCGAUAUUCAAGAUCACUUGAUCACCAUGACGCAGAACUUGUCCCACUUCGAGAAAAUUCUCUCCCGCUCCCACUCCAACUACCUCGCUCAAAUCUCAAUCGAGAUGACCGAAGCCAACAAUCGUGCCAAUGACGUCCUUUCCAAAUUGACUGCACUAGGUACCGUCAUUGUUCCUCUAAACGUCAUUACCGGUAUCUUUGGUAUGAAUGUGCAAGUUCCAGGACAAUACACGGAAAGUCUUACGUGGUUUUGGAGCUUGUGCUCGGGAAUGAUCUUAAUUGCCGUACUGGGAUAUUGGCUGGCAAUUAGGUAUUUGCAGCGUUGAGGGAUCUGUUUAUUCUCGGGUGGUUCUAUACGAUGUGUGCUUCUGCGCUCGCUACAGAUUCUCUGUCUUCAUUGUCCCUCGCACUUCUAAUGCGGCUCACAAAAUACAACACAAAGCACAUGCCUUGCUACGCCUUUCCCUCUCACCUUUGCCUGAAUGUCCACUCUAUACUCCCCCACCCCCCACCCCUUUCUACUCUCCCAACUUCCCACUCUCAACAAUCUUUGCAUCCAAUUCCUUCUCCACCUCUUCUCCCAAUUCCUGUAGACGCUUCAAGUCAUCACCGAUGAGACUUACGUCUACGCCUCCUUGAAACUUGGGAUAGGAGCCAAGACGGAUAUUCUCUUGUUUGCAGCGGGUAUUGAGUU